UCCCCCCACAGACGCUGUGCUUCAAGGGAAAUAGGCUUGUAGCUAUAGAAGAUGCAUAAAGGGAAAUAAAAGCAAAGGAAGAAAGACUGCUAAGAAAGCAGGAGGGAGGAGGAGGAGGAGGAGAAGGCAGGGCAGUGAUCAGUAACCAAUCCGAGCUGCCCCAAUGAGCUGCAGCAGCACAGCAGACAAGCACAGGGUUUUGGAGGGUGCUCAGUGCUGGAGUCGCUUGCCUCUCUGAGGACAUGAGAGCGGCACUGCUGCGGACACAGGAGUCAAAAGAAUUGGACAAACAACAGGCUAUAGCAAAAGGGGAACAGCUUUCUACUGUGCAAUAUAAGAUGCAUCUUUUCUGGAUAAUGCUUGAAAGGAUGUUGUGAAGAAAAAGUCCAAGGAUAAUCAUUGUUCAGGAUGUAAAUACAGAGUUAUUAUCAAAGGAUCAAUAAUACAAUGGAUGUUCAUAGAGGACCAUACUGGACUGUGUUCACAAGUAGGAUUUAGCUUAUUUUCCAUCAUAUUUGUCAAUAUUGGAUUACAAACUAACCAAGUAAAGAAAAAAAAGAGAAGACUUUGACUUGGAAAGAGACCCUACAAUGAAAAUUACGAGUACAUCAGGUAUCUGUCCAGUCCUAGUGUGUCUCUGUUUUGUUCAGAGGUGUUAUGGAGCAAUGCAUCACACCUCCAUCAAGGUGACCAAAAACCAAACUAAACAUAUAGAAGGGGAAACAGAAGUGCAUCAUCGCCCAAAACGUGGAUGGGUUUGGAAUCAGUUCUUUGUUUUAGAAGAACACAUAGGACCAGAUCCACAAUAUGUUGGAAAGUUGCACUCAAAUUCAGACAAAGGUGAUGGAUCAGUAAAGUACAUACUAACUGGUGAAGGAGCAGGGACUAUAUUCCUUAUUGAUGACACAACAGGUGACAUUCACGCAACAAAAAGUCUUGAUCGAGAACAAAAAACACAUUAUGUCCUACAUGCACAAGCAAUUGACAGAAGAACAAACAAGCCUCUUGAGCCAGAAUCUGAGUUUAUUAUCAAGGUGCAGGAUAUCAAUGACAAUGCGCCUGAAUUUCCAGAUGGACCUUACAUCGUUAGUGUUCCAGAAAUGUCUGAUAUUGGUACUUCAGUCAUUCAGGUGACAGCAACGGAUGGAGAUGAUCCAACUUAUGGAAACAGUGCCAGAGUAGUGUACAGUAUUCUUCAAGGACAACCAUAUUUCUCUGUUGACCCCAAAACAGGAGUUAUCCGGACUGCUUUACCCAAUAUGGACAGAGAAGCCAGAGAACAUUAUUCUGUUGUUAUUCAAGCCAAAGACAUGGCUGGUCAAGUUGGAGGUCUUUCUGGAUCAACAACAAUCAAUGUUACACUUACCGAUGUCAAUGAUAAUCCACCAAGAUUUCCUCAAAAACAUUACCAGCUCUAUGUUCCUGAAUCAGCUCAGGUUGGCUCCGCAGUAGGCAAAAUUAAAGCAAAUGAUGCAGACAUUGGACUAAAUGCUGAUAUAAGAUAUUCAAUCAUGAAUGGAGAUGGUGUUUUUUCAAUAUCCACUGAUAAAGAAACUAGAGAAGGAAUCCUUUCACUUAAAAAGCCAUUAAACUAUGAAAAAAAGAAAUUAUACUCUCUUAAUAUUGAGGGUGUUAAUAUCCACUUGGAUCACCGCUUCUCUCACCUUGGCCCUUUUAAAGACAGUACAAUGCUGAAGGUUAUUGUGGGAGAUGUAGAUGAGGCCCCACUGUUUAACAUGCCUUUCUAUGAGAUGGAAGUUUAUGAAGAUGCAAAAAUUGGAACAAUUGUGGGAAUGGUGACAGCACAAGAUCCAGACAGCACAAGCAGCUCAGUAAGAUAUUUCAUUGAAACCAAUUUACGAGAAGGCAAAGAAUUUGAAAUAGACACAAAUAAUGGAGCAAUAAGGACAGCAACACACCUUGAUCGAGAAGAAAACCCAUGGUAUAACAUUACAGUAACUGCUGCUGAGACAGAUAAUCCUUCACUUGCAAGUUAUGUUUCGGUUCUCAUCAAAGUUUUAGAUGUCAAUGACAACCCCCCACACAUCGUAAUUGAAGAUAUCGUUGUUUGUGAAAAUGGCAGAUCUGGUCAGGUUAUUCAUACCAUUAGAGCUACAGACCAAGAUGACACCGCUAACGGGCCAAGGUUCUACUUUUCUCUUCCAGAGGGUCACACCAUGAAUCCCAAUUUUACCAUAAAGAACAAUGAAGAUAACACCGCCAGCAUUAUAACACGACGUCGAAGAUUUAGUAGAACUUCUCAAGAUGAAUACUAUCUGCCUGUCGUUGUUGCUGAUAGUGGUAUUCCAUCGUUAAGCAGCACCAGUACCCUUACAAUCAGAGUGUGUGCUUGUGAAAGAGACGGCCGUGUAAGGACAUGCCAUGCUGAGGCAUUUCUCUCUUCUGCUGGACUCAGUACUGGAGCCUUAAUUGCCAUUCUACUUUGUGUGGUAAUUCUGCUAGCUAUUGUAGUUCUCUUCAUUACCUUACGCAGAGGAAAAAAGGAACCUUUGAUUAUUUCUGAGGAAGAUAUUCGUGAAAAUGUAGUAACAUAUGAUGAUGAGGGUGGUGGAGAAGAAGAUACUGAAGCUUUUGAUAUAUCUGCUCUUCGAAACCCUUCUGCUGCUGAAGAUCUAAAAUAUAGAAGAGACAUUAGACCUGAUGUAAUGUGUACACCAAGACACCAAGAUCUCUCAGCCAUAGAGAGCAUCAAUGUUCAAGAAUUCAUCAAACAAAGACUUGCUGAGGCUGACCAUGACCCAAGUGUGCCACCCUAUGACUCUUUACAGACAUAUGCAUAUGAGGGUCAAAGAUCUGAAGCAGGAUCUAUCAGUUCUAUAGAUUCAAUUGGAACACAAUCCGACCAGGAUUAUACUUAUCUUGAUGACUGGGGACCAGAGUUUAAAAGGUUAGCAGAACUCUAUGGAGAAAAGGAACAAGAAAGAACAACUUAGUAUAUUUUUUCUAAAACUCUGUUUUAUUUACAAAACAACUGGAAGCAUAACCACAAGAUUUAAAAUAAAUUAAUACUUGGAACUCAGCAAGUUGUUCACUUUUACUGUAGAAACAAGUGCCAUUUUCAUAUUAAA